AAGCAAAGCUGGAAAAAGGCAGGAGAGAUGAAAUGCAUUUUACGCACGGAUCGGUUAUAUUUUCGUGCGUAAAAGGCGCAUAUUUUUGGCACGAAUCCAUAUGGAAAUUCACUGUGACUUUUUUUCUCCUCUUUCUCGUAUCGAUCCAGAUCAUGUCGCCUCUUUCACACACGUUUAAACAACACGUAUCAUCUCCAUGUUUGUCAGUUUAUCGGAUUUGUCUCUCGCGCAAAACAGCUCCCCUCUCGUCCUUCAACUUCUGACACCAAAAAUCUACGUGGACUAUCAAAGCUAAGAUCAGAUAAGUCAGAGAAUGAAGGCAUUCGAGCUCCACUCCUGCAGGAUCCUGCGCACGGAGGCUGUAAAUAGAUCAUAUCGGACACUAAUUUGAUUUUACACAUUCCUGCGUCUGGACCUCGAAUCUGCACAAGACAAUGAGAAAAUGAGAAUCUCUGCGGAGGAUUUUUUUUUUGUGUGUGUCUCGAAUCGGGCUCUGCUACGAAAGGACGUCCUCGGGCUUUUAAAAGGGAGAUUUAUUGAUGAUUUUGUCGAUGAUUUGCACGUUCAGUCUCGGAGCAAACGGAAGGGUGGGACAGCGCCAUUGGCUGUGACAGCAGGCGCUCUGCAGCCUGAUUUAUCUCUGUUUGUCCACUUUUAUCUCCAUCAAUCCAUCCUCGAAUUAACGAGCCACGAUGUUGACUCGGCUGUUCAGUGACCCCUCGCUGCUUCCAGACGUCCAGAAGUACUCCGGCUGGGCGGAGGACAGCGACAGCGAGGAACCCAAGAUCAAAGACGAAGACCAGGACCAGCAGGACGACAUGGAGGCCUCCAAGCUGCGCGGAGGCAGCCGGACUCACUCCGAGCACGCCGGAGAUGACGACGAGGACGACGAGGUGGAGGAGGAGGACGACGGCGAGGACACGGAGGGCGACAGGCCCAAGAAGAGGGGUCCCAAGAAGCGCAAAAUGACGCAGGCCCGCGUCGAGCGCUCCAAGAUGCGGCGGGUUAAGGCCAACGCUCGGGAGCGGACCCGCAUGCACGACCUGAACUCUGCGCUCGACAAUCUGCGUAAAGUGGUGCCGUGCUACUCCAAAACGCAAAAACUGUCCAAAAUCGAGACGCUGCGUUUGGCCAAGAACUAUAUCUGGGCGCUGUCGGAGAUCCUGCGCUCCGGCAAAAGGCCCGACCUGGUGUCGUACGUGCAGACGCUGUGCAAGGGACUCUCCCAGCCCACCACCAACCUGGUGGCCGGCUGCCUGCAGCUCAACUCCCGCAACUUCCUCACCGAGCAGCAGUGCCAGGAGGGCGGCAGGUACGGCUCCGGCUCCUUCUCCAUGCACUCGUACCCGUACCAGUGCGCGCGUCUGUCCAGCCCCCACUGCCAGCCGGGCUCGAACUCGCACCCGCUGAGGACGCACGGCUACUGCUCGGCCUACGACUCUCUGUACGGCGGCAGCGGCUCCCCGGAGUACAACAGCCCCGAGUACGAGGGGCCCCUCAGCCCGCCGCUGUGCAUCAACGGCAACUUUUCCCUGAAGCACCAGGGCUCCGCGUCCCCCGACACCGAGAAGGGAUACCACUAUUCUAUGCAUUAUUCCGGCCUGCCUGGCUCCAGACCCGCCGGGGCCCACAAUCUGGUGUUCGGCUCCUCGGGGUCCCGGAGCGGCAUUCACUCGGAAAACGUCCUGCCUUACCACGACAUGCACUUACACCACGACCGGGCCCCCGUGUACGACGAACUCAACGCGUUUUUUCACAACUGAAGCCCGUCUUGGGUGCAUCCCUCCUUCCCCCUCUUUGCAAUCAAACAAUCUCUCCACGGGACUCCUGCUCUCUGGACCGGAUUUAAGCAUCCUGGAAGAAUCUCUCACUCGUUGUCAUUAGUGUGUUUUCAUUUCAUUUCUCUCACGUGUUUCAGUCGGGGAUGGAGUGGAGGAUAAAUCCACCCAAAACCUGAUUUUACGCAACAGAAUUCAUCCAUAAGAAGGAAUCAGAUCUGUGAGGGGAAUCUAGAGUGUUCAUAUUUUAUUUUGAAUGCGUGAUUUGUGUUUGUAUUUUGGUGGUUGUUUGCAUUUUCAAAGGCUGGGAAGUCAGAGUUUAUUCGCCACUGCAUCUCUGGCUGCAGCUGAAAUCACAUCCGGCUGAUGCACGUCGACAUUUUACGCGAGAUUUUUUCAAAGUGGGGAAACAAUGAAAUCAAUGAAAUCGGAGAAAAUGCAGAAAAUAAAACCAGUUGGGUUGUUUUUGUUGCUUUUUUUUGUUCUCCUUUGGUUCCCCAGCAAAUCAAUCGUUUCGCAUCUAUGCAAAACCCAACGAGUCCACAGAGCGAAGCAGAGAGGGCCCACGAACACGCCGUUUGUCUCAUCAGCACUGUUGCUGCUGCACGCACGGGUGCGCGCAGACACACACGCACGCACACACGCACACGCACACACACACUUAAAUCAACACACAUGCAGUCUGACAGUGGGUUGGCCAAGAUGUUCAACUUCUAAAAGAAAAAGAAUUCAUGAAGUUCACUGAAAUCAGACAUUUUUCGGUUGAUUUUUUUACUCCUAUUUAUUCUUCUCAUUGAGCCAUUGCACUGUAUUUUGAUUUUGAAACGUUUUUGGUUCAAUAUCUUUUUAUUUAUUUGCAAUCUGCUAUGAUGAUUCAAUUCAUUAUUAUUAUUAUUAUUAUUAUUGCACGUAUUUAUUGUGUUGUUUUUUGUAAUUACUGUUAAUAGCCUGGAAAUGAAGGGAACCCUGUGUUGCUGAGCAUUGAUUUUUGUUUUUUGUUUUCUUUUUAUCAUAAAAUUCAAGUCUUUCAACUUUGUAUUCAACCAACUGUGUGGUAAAAAUAAUAAAAUGACGAUAAACGAGA